AUGGAUGAUGACCCGAUAGUGCGCGAAAUUCCCGUGCAUCUUGCGGAUGAAUUGCGUCGCAAUCUCUAUAUGGUGCAAUUUCCACUGCGACCGACGUACCGCCCGAUGCCAGAGCCUCCACAUCGAGCGCGUAUUAAACCCCAAAACCAACUGAUGCAGCUUGAUUUUCCUGUCGACCAGCGUAGCGAGCACUUUGACCAAGAUGCAGAGGAUUAUAUCAAGCAAAAACAUCUGCGGUUGCAGUCGUCCAGCGUGCCAGCGCUAUCCAAUUAUGCUGUGGGCGUAUUUCGUCAGGGUCAGCUUCACCUUACACCACUCACAUCAAUUAUGCAAAUGCGCCCUAGUCUCUCGCACAUUGAUGACGCUGCUAACGAAGAGGAAGAAGAUUUGGAAGAAAAGAUCGAACCACCGCCUGCCGAGCUAAAAGAGGUCCAGUUUCAGUUUAAAAAGAAACAGUCCGAGCGUGCCAUUUCAGCCAUUCAAAACUCGUACGCCUACAAGAAACAGCAAAUUGAUGCUGAAAACUGGAUUGAACUUCAGGUGCAAGACAAAAACAGUUGCGGGGCCGAAGAAGAAUUUGAAAAUCUAUUUAGUGAAAAAGAAGAAGAAGUGGUCUCGACAAUGACGCCUGACCAAUAUAUUAAAGCGCUACAAUACCGCACAGUGGCUUCAGAUGAUAAGACGGCUUCGAACAACCCAGCACACGUUCAUACAGACGACGAAGAAAAAGAAGAUGCAAUGGACUUCAUUCCUCAAAUUCUUCCUGAUGGUCUUGACACCAAGUACUUGGAAGUUCAACGACUGCUCAAAACAGACCAGAUCAUGCAUUUCGACAUGCUUGCAACGCUUCUACCUACUUUAAGUGAGAAGGAUAUAUGCGAUGCGCUUAAACACAUCGCCAUCCACGCGCGAGGACGUUUGCUUCCUAUCAGUGCCUUGGUCUGUCGUGGCGAAACGAUGGUUCGGACUCGAAAUUAUAUUAUUCAGGCAUUGUCCCAGGCACCGAACGGUGUAACGAGAACGGAGCUGGCAGAAACUUUCUCUCUAGACGCUGAUGCGGUCAAAACAAUCUUGAGCGAAGUAGCAGUUUUAGAAUCGACAACGCGAACGUGGAAAUUCCGUUUGGGCCCCGAUGACUCCUUUAUACAGCGAUUUCCUACCCUCGCAAAGGCAAUCAAACUUUAG